AUGUUAUUGGUUGAUGAGCCUGAAGUUGAAGAACCAACUGUGAAUGUUGAGGAUAAUCCAUAUGCUGGUAUUGAAGAAGUGAUGUUGGAUCUUGUUGAUUUAGAAGCUGAGCAAGCAGUUAAUGUAGAAGCUCAGAAAGAGAAAGUGAUUGAUGAUAUUGAAGAUGAAGUAGAUGAAACUGAAAGGCUGAAAAGAAUUCAAGCAGAAACAGAGAAAGAGAAGUUGUUGAGAAAAAGAAAGAGGCAAGAGAAAGAAGAUGCUCCAAAUGUGCCAUCUCCACAACACGUUUAUGAUUCGCAAUCACCUUCAAGUGGCAGAAAGAAAGCCGGGGCAAGAAAGAAAGUUGUAGGUUUUCCAGCCGUUCCUUCGAAUCUGAAUGUGAGUCUUGAUGAUGUAGGAGACUUUGAUUUUGCAAACACCGCACAAGUCAAGAAUGUUGAAAAGAAAGUUGAUGAAGUGAUAGCUGAAAACAAAAGAUUAGCUGCUGAGAACAAGAAAGUCUCUGAUCGUGAGAAAAUUCUUGAAAUGCAUGUGAAGAGAUUGGAGACUGAUAACAAAGAAUUGUUGAAGAAGAUUGACACUGAUCAAUCUAAGAUUGAUAUCUUGAAAGUGCGAGUUGCUGAACUUGAAGAAGAAAAAGCUCGUAGAGAUGAACAAAACAAAUACUUCGAGUUGAAAAACAAAGAGCUUGAAGCUGAAAAAGCAUUUAAAGAGCAUGAGUUUUAUAUGUUAAACAAAGUUGUGGAAAAGAUGCUUGGAAAAUCAAUUGAGCAACAGUUUGAAGAGAUCCAAGUCGAAAAACUCAGGGCUAAACGUCAAGCGGAGAUAGAUGAACAGAUGAAGAUAAAGGGUGAUGAUGAGGAAGAUGACGAAGAUGAGAAAGUCUUUUCGGCAAGCAGUCAUGGUUCUGAUAACGACGAUGACGAUGCUCAAGAUGAGACAGGGGGAGCUGAAGGAAAGGGGGAGUCUGGUGAUGCUCAGAAUGUUAAACAUGUUGAGAAGUUAAUUUUGAGAUUGGAUACUUACAGGGAAGAAGGUGAACAAUUUCACACGUACACAUUGGAAACGAUUAAAGAAAUGACACGUAUGGUGAAUCCUGAUUUCAAGUUUGACUUUGAAGAAGAAUUAAAUGCAUUUGACAUCAACUAUCAACCAGAAUACGAGUAUAAGUAUGUAGAGGAUGCUGACAUGUACGACAGGGUUGAGGUUGAGGAUUGGACUGAUGAUGAGAGUGAAAAUGAAGAUACUUCUCAGUGCCUACGCUGA